AGGGAUAGCAAAUGAAGAAUUACCGCAUCAUAUACCGGGAACAUGAUCUGCUUGCAUUAUGAUACUAAUCAUGGAUUGAGCCUGCUAGAUACACUGUAACUUAUUUCGCUCUACAUAACAAAUACGGUCUUAUAGGAUUAACCAGGGAGAAAAAAAAAACUUGGACCUGCAGACUGUCUCUUGGAUAGUGCGACCCGUCAUGAAUAUGCGGAAACUGGAUAAGAAAUAAGUGCUAGCAACAGGUCCAAGGCUCGCUGGACAAUAAUCGGCCAAGAGAACGCUUAAGACCCAACGAUGAGCUCUCCGACCCUGCUGCCUGUUUCCCUGCCUUCCGAAAGCAGAACGAGGGUGCAGAUUCCAUUACUGCUUUGCCUGCUUUGCCUCAGAACCGUGAUGUCCAUACAUCCGGAAUGCGCAUUCAUUAUCCAGGUUCUGGAGCAGGAAACUCAAUGCCACAAGAGAAUAACACUAGAAAAUGAGACUUCUCCCAGAUCCUCUUCUGGAGGUUGUGUGACGGAAUGGGACGGAAUUAACUGCUGGCACGCUGCUUCACUGGGACAGACAGUGACCGUUUCAUGUCCCGACAGUCUUCAAAUGUUUCUCCCAUCGAAAGUUGUGAUCAGAAGGAGCUGUACAGAGAAUGGCUGGACUCCUCAUUCGCCUCCAUACUAUAAGGCUUGUCUACUUAACGGAAGCAGCGAGACAGACGAAAAGGCAAACCACUUCUACACCGUGAAGAUUCUGUAUACCUGCGGAUACGCCGCAUCGCUGACGGCACUUGUGACCGCUAUUAGCAUCUUCUCUCUGUUCAGGAAGCUUCACUGCCCCAGGAACUUCAUCCACAUGAACUUGUUUGUGUCUUUUAUAUUACGUGGCACCGCUGUGUUUGUUAAAGACGCCGUGCUGUUUGCCGAUGAAGACGUGGAUCACUGCACAAUGUCUACAGCGAGCUGCAAGGCGGCCAUGGUAUUCUUCCAAUUCUCUAUCCUUGCAAACUUCUCUUGGCUGCUAGUGGAGGGGAUGUAUCUCCACACACUGCUCACACUCGCUUUCACCUCACAGAGGAGAUACUUUUGGUGGUAUAUUGUAGUUGGCUGGGGUGUUCCAGCUCUUACAAUUACAGUGUGGAUAAAAACAAGAAUUACAUUCGAUGAUACAGGGUGCUGGGAUGAUUAUGAGAACAUAUAUUGGUGGAUAAUCAAGACGCCAAUACUGCUUGCAAUAUUUCUUAAUUUCAUCAUAUUUCUAAACGUGAUAAGAAUCCUUAUCCAGAAAAUAAGAUGCCCAGAAAUUGGGAAAAAUUACAAGCAGCAGUACAUGAGACUUGCCAAAUCCACUCUUCUUCUCAUCCCACUCUUUGGCGUUCACUAUGUUCUUUUUGCGUUGUUUCCGGAGCACAUCGGAGUCUGGGCAAGAAUGUACUUUGAACUUGUUCUAGGAUCAAACCAGGGGUUUAUUGUGGCCUUGCUGUACUGCUUCCUGAACGGAGAGGUACAAGCUGAGAUCCAGCGCCACUGGGGCAAGUGGCAGAGCUCACUGGAGAGCAACGUCUUUAAUUUGGUGACACAGGACUUCACCGCGUGAUUUGGUUCACCUCGCAGGAAAAGCAGCUACUGUCACGCGAUGCCCGGAAUGGACUGUGAAAGACUUAACCAGGAUGACAGGAUGCGGAUACACGUAGCGAAAUAGCGGGACUAAGUAUCAUCGCCCGCAUUUGUAUUAUCCCAUAGGACAAACUGACAUUAUCAAUAUCUCUGUGACGCUGCGAAGUGGCUUUGGCAACGACCCUUCAAAAAUCGGUGGCUUUUGUUCUUCUCAAAACUCAUUCAUUCUGGAUCGCGCUUUGAUGUCCAGAGGAUCGUCGGCGUUGUAGGUUACAAACCACUAGAGACCAGGUGUUGUGCUAAUUCAUAUAACUGAACAGAACUGUAUAUUUAUUAUAUAAGAUGACACUGUUCAUCAUACUGUACAUAGAACUAUAUACUUAAAUAAAAAUAAAUAGUAAAGUG